UGGACUGUGACGAAUCGAGGAUAACGGGACGUCGAAGUGCAACGUCACUCUGGUUAACGUCACAUAGACGUAACGUCACACACCCAUAACGUCACAAAGGCCUAACGUCACAAUGCCCUCCAUGAAGAUAUGUCACACGGACGACAAAGCCGAUGGGAAGCUCGUGGAUUGCGUACCUGCAGCCGGGAUUCCUUUCUUUAUCGUCAUCAUCACUUUGGUGUUGUGUGCGUUGCUACUGGCAACCAUUGCCCUCAUCAUCGUCAUCUUGGUGUUCAGACGCCGAAAAAAGAGUGAUGCGAUGACGCCGGACGGGGAGCACCACAUCGAGUACUCCGAGCUCGGCAAGCCUCUCACGACAGCAAUGGAGGUUCAACCGGAACUCAGAAGUCUAGAGCCCCGGAUGGACCCACGUGACAGGGCGAACAUGCUGCAAUAUGGCCACCUUGGACCGAGGAAGUUUCUUCAACUUCCGCUGGAUGCGCAACGCAGACUAAUCACCGUACCGGAAGAGGAUUCGGGGAUGGAGGAACGUGACGUGGAGUCACCAGAUGUGAUGAUCGAACAUAUUCCACAGGCUGAGUUGGAGGCGGAGCUAGAUUUUGACUUUGAAGGCCAGUAUGAAGAGUCUGCCGAAUCAGACACCGGUGCAACACAGAGAGAGUUUGCUGAGAAUGACCUCCUCUGUAACAAUUAGGAGGUUCAACAAUAUCUGUACGCCUACCGCCAUUGAGAGUAAUGGAUGACAAUAUUUUUUAACACAAGUUUUGGAAACGUUUGGAUCACAACCACGAUCACUUGUGUCAUGGCGCAAAUAUUUGCCCUGUUCGUGUUGGAACGUUUGUUACAACUUGAAUUGCGCUGACAGAGUUAUCGGCCUUGUUUUUGACUACGUCUGCAGGUGAUUGACAAAACAAGGCGCGAAUUUUUGCCCUGUUCGUGUUGGAUAGUUUGUAACCACUUCAAAGCGCCGACAGAGUUAUCAACCUUGUUUGUGUUGGAUUCUUUGUAAUUGCUUUAAUUGUGCUGACAGAGUUACCGGUCUUGUUUUUGUCUAUAGGUCUCUCGGUGAUUGACAAAUCGAGGAGCGAAUUUUUGCCCUGUUCGUGUUUGACAGUUUGUAACCACUUGAAAGCGAUGACAGAGUUAUCGGCCUUGUUUCUGACUGUUCAUUUGUCAUUUGUUGGCAAAUUAAUACAUAUCACUUCGACAUAUUAAUAUAUUUUCACAAUUGAUCAAAACUGGUUAUGGAACAGGGUUAAUGUUUCCCACCCUGCUGGAUUCAGACUUUUUCUACUGAUCUUGAAGUGUGGAUUGAUUGAAUUGGUUCUUUUGACACUGUGCUAGUCAUGCGCAUCAAGUUGUGAUUGGAAAGCAUUUCUGAAAUGUAAUCCUUGAUGAGGAAAUUAUCAGGGAUUUAGGACACAAGCGUCCCAAUCCCCGAGGAUAUGGUAUGGAAUGGUUUAAGGCGCUGAGGAAGCCGCCUCCACCACGACAGUGAUGCUGAGAAUGGUGAUACCUGAUCCUAAUGCUUGAGAUGGAUGGAAUGUCCACGUCGUUGCUAGGUAGCAAGACAACAGCCAAUGACCAAUGAAAGGCCUUUUACUAGUGUCAUGUCACUUUGUUCGUUUAUUGUUGUCUCCCUUAGGUUUCUUAUUUAUGGAAUGUUGGCGAUCGACCAAGAUAAAUGCGUUGCAGCCAGAAUUACAGAGACAGUACUUCUUUUCUCAAAUUGCUUAUAUGAAUACAAAAAAAAUAAAUUAUUUAUUUAUUUAUUUAUUUAUUUAUUUAUUUA